GUUACAGCUCAGCAGGUGUAUCCAGAAAAGCGAGGCUGCGCUGAUCACCCUGGGAAUUGUAGUGUCGGCUAGAGAGUGCCCUCUGCGCAGGCGCAAACGACUGUCUCUUCCGGGUUCCAAGGUCGGAAGAAAGAAAGAAAAUCCCUCCGUUUUCCAGAGUGACAAUGGCAACCUACAGUCUGGCAAACGAGCGACUACGCGCCCUGGAAGACAUCGAACGGGAAAUCGGCGCGAUUCUUCAGAAUGCAGGUACCGUCAUCUUGGAACUUUCGAAGGAAAAAACCAAUGAACGGCUGCUAGACCGGCAAGCAGCGGCUUUCACGGCGUCUGUGCAACAUGUAGAGGCGGAGCUGUCGGCUCAGAUCCGUUACCUAACCCAGGUGGCCACAGGGCAGCCUCAUGAGGGCUCCAGCUAUUCUUCAAGGAAGGACUGUCAGAUGGCCCUGAAGCGAGUGGACUAUGCUCGCCUCAAGCUCAGUGAUGUGGCCCGAACCUGUGAGCAGAUGCUGGAAAACUAAGCCAAGCUUCUAUUCUUAGCCCAAGUGUUGGGAGUCUGGUGCCACAGAUGUAUAUUGAAGCUGCAGACCUGGAAAAGAUAAAUUGAGAGAUGAGCUCUGAGAUCAAGAGAAGUUGGGGUGGUGGUGGUGAUAACUUGGAGAAUCAGACUCCAAAACAUUUAACCAUACAACCUGGUACACAGUAGGUGCUCAAAAAAGAUUUGUGGCCCUGGCUGGUGUGGCUCAGUGGGUUAGCGCCAUCCUGUGAACCAAAGGGUUGCUUGUUCUAUUCCUAGUCAGGGCACACGCCUGGAUUGCUGGCCAGGUCCCCAGUAUGGGGUGCACGAGAGUCAACCACACAUUGAUAUUUCUCUCCUUCUCUUUCUUCUUCCC